AUGGCACCUAAAGAUGUCACUGUUCAAAACGAAUGGUUGGUUAGUCAACGAUUGCCUCGGGAAACAUCCAAGAAAAAACGCGACAUUACAUCAACGGUACGGUUAGCCCUCGACAAACAGAAAGCUUUUGAUAAGGGAUACUGGCCAAAUUGGACUUUGGAAACUUUUCAAGUCAAACCCAGUGUAGGAUCCCGUUAUAGAUUAAUUGAUGGAAACGGUGAAAUGUUGGAAGGAUCGUUUUAUCCCGAAGAAUUGCAAGAAGUGAAAGAAGACAAAGACAAGGCUUACGUGAUUGAAAAAAUCAUAGAACGACGAGCCGAAAAACAACCCUAUGCAACCUUUAAAUUGGAUUCAUUAAACCAAAGAAUAUAUUUAUCUUUCGACUCUUCAGAUGCCAUCAACUUUCUACAUAUGUUACCCGCAAUCAGUUUCCAAAUUGAAGGACCCAUGGUUGGUAUGUUAGGAUGGCCUGACUUUUCGCAAGAAUUUCAGUUGGAUAAAUUAUGUCGACGAAACAUCCGCGAUGCCAAAAUUACUGCUCCCUUUCAGCCUGCUGUGGAUAUGGCCUUUGAUAUGUUUACUGGUGAUGCCAUCGUACCCGUUGUUAACCAUGGUUUGGGAGAAAGAAGAAAAAAGAUGGGUGAAAGUUCAGAGUUUGAAUUGCAGUCCCGACUACAUGUGGAUUUGUGUUUACAAGAUCGUUAUUUAAUAGAUGGUGUGGAUGUUCGCAUCCAGUUGGAAAGACAACAACCAAAAUUUUAUUUGAUGUGGAACGAAAACAAUGAAACGUACAAAGUGGAAUUGAUCAAAGCCUAUUUGGAAGUACCUUUUGUUACGUUGGCACCAUCAACCUACACGCGCAUUGCUGAACAACUACAAUCGAACAACGCCAAAUAUCCACUCAAGCGAGUAGUCGUCAAAGACAUCAGAAUACCAAGUCGUCGACGUUUUCACGUUUUGGAUAAUUUAUUCAUCAACGAAGUCUUGCCUAAACGUCUCAUUUUGGGUUUGGUGGAGAACGAUUCUUACGACGGCAAUUCCAUCAAGAAUCCAUUCAAGUACCAUCAUCAUCGACUAGAAUACAUCAAACUGAUGAAAAAUGGCGAUGUGGUGGAAGAAUAUUUCAUGGAUCUUCCUAACAAACAAGCCACAACACCGUAUUUAGAUUUGAUGAAAAGAGUUGGAAUACUCAACAGCAAAGAAGAUUUGGAUAUGUCUUACAACGACUAUAUUAAAGGCUACACUCUUUUUGGUUUUGAUUUAACCAAUGACCACGGAGCAGAUCAAGUCAAUUUUCACCCCAAGUCGUCUGGAAGUGUGUCUUUGGAAUUGAGAUUCGAAAACGCUCCACCGAAUCCACUUAAUUUGCUAUUGUUUGCUGAAUACGACAAUGUCUUGGAAAUCGACGUCAACCGCCAAAUUUAUGUGGAUUGGUAA